GUCCAGCGGGCGACUGGGAUCGCCACCGGCAGGAACAUCCUGGCCACGGCAAGUGACCCCAACGGCCUCCAGCUUGGCAGUUCCUGGGAUGUACGAGGACAGAUCGACUUCCUCACCGAGGAGACAGGCUUCUACCAGCUCUGCCUGGACAACCAGCAAAACCACUUUGGCUUCAUGCAGGUGUAUCUCAACUUCGGUGUCUACUACGAAGGCUUCGAUGCGGAAAACAAGCAGCUGGAAGAGAGGAAAGAGCUGAACAACACCCUGGAGGCCAUCGAGGUCAGCAUCCGGAAGCUGCAGCUCCACAUCUUCCACAUGUGGCGGUUCUACAACUUCGCCCGGAUGCGGAAAGGGGCUGACUCCUUCCUCCUGGAGUCCAACCACCGCUACGUCAGCUGGUGGUCGAUGGCUCAGAGCUGCGUCAUCGUCCUCUCUGGGGUGCUGCAGCUCUACUUCUUGAAGCGCCUCUUCAACGUGCAGACCACCUCCAGCCGGCAGAAGUGCUAG